AGGGCUUCCUGGGGACACAGGGGAGACAGACUUGGGGAGCAUGGAGACCCAGAGGCGUGGGGUUUCCCUGCUGCCGCUGCUGCUGCUGGGCCUGGUGAUGCCUGUGGCCACCACCCAGAUCCUCAGCUACCAGCAGGCCGUGCUCCGCGCUGUGGACAGCUUCAACCAGCGAUCCUUUCAUGACAACCUCUUCCGCCUGCUGGAUCUGGAAUCCCAGCCACCGGAGGACAAUGACCCAAAUACCCCGAAGCCUGUGAAAUUCACAGUGAAGGAGACGGUGUGCCCCAAGACAGCAGAGCAGCUACCAGAGCAGUGUGACUUCAAGAAGGAAGGGCUGGUGGAGCAAUGUGUGGGGACCGUGAUGCUAAACCAGGCCCGGGAAUCCUUUGACCUCAACUGUGAUGCUGCCAGGGAAGCCACCGGGCUUCGUAAGUCCUUACGAAAAGCUAGGAAGAAGAUUAAAAAGGCAUUUCGGAAAUUUCGUCAUAAUAUCCCAAGGAUUCUCCCGUAUCUACCCCGUGUACCAUUGCCAGGGGGUAAAUAGAGUCUGCCCUGUCCUGGUUCAGGCUUUGGGACUCUGAACAAUAAA